AUGGCUGGACGAAUGACAGAUUGGUUUUCGCGAGUUUUGCAUUGGAAGUUAAGAGGAGAGCAAACAGCUGUGAAUGUUGUAACUGGAGAACAACAUCUUAUUCGAGCUCUGGGACGUUUUGAACCGUUAGCAAUUAACUUCGAAUGCCGAUUCUAUGGCUUUGUUUUUUGGAUGAUUCUCAUUGGAUUUCUGUAUGAUGUGUGGACAGAGCGAAUUUGGCCAGAAAUUGCAGUGCCAGCAGCAGAUGGAAGCCAAAGUACAGGUGACUGGACACCUGUUCAUCCUAGUGUUUUAAGUGUACCUGAAAUCAGUCAUUACAUUAGUGAAACUCACAUGCUUCUGAAAGAUUAUUGUAUGUGGCUGAAAACACUUAGAGGUGACCAACCUGGCGUGUUUUGCUGUGGCAUGAGUUGCUGUUUUGUUGGCCUGUCUCUGAUUGGUCGUGCAGUGCCAGGUUCUCUUAUAGCUUAUUUUCUUGUAAUGCUACUUAUGAUAGGCCCAGGCAUCUGUAUACAUGUGUUGCCUCCAUCUUUUGUUGAAAAGCUGAGAGGCCUUCGAAUCCUCUUCAAAUCAAGAGCCAAAGGAAGUGGGUACGAGACACCCCCAAACAAUGGUUUCGUGAGGCAAUACGGAAAUUGCCAGAGAGAUGGCAAGGGUGCAUCGACCUCCAGGGAGAAUAUGUGGAAUGGGCUGAAGUGUAACCUGGGAGCCAUCACCAUCAAGGAUCACAUAAUUCAGCUGGCUGGGGAGCCUGUUGAUUUUGACAAAGAUGAGGAUCAGGAACCUUCUCUUACUGGCACUGAAGAUUUUGUUGUCGAUACAGACAAUGGAGAUUCUUCAAACACGCAAACUUCAUUUACAACAGGAGUAAGUGCUAUGCCAUCUCAUGAUGAAGGAAGCACAGAUGGCUUGGAUGUCAGUGAAUUUGAUCUUGCGACGGUGGCACAUUCAUCACCGGUACAGCAACUGAAGGAAUCUGAUACUCCUCAGCGCACGAAACGAGCUGUUGAUCCAGAUUUUUCUGACUCGGACGAAGAGGAUAUAGCAGGAAUACAUUUCCAGAGUUCACAUUUUAAUGGAGAGAGUUCUGAUGAGGAAGAGAAAGCUUUUACUCAAGGUCUCACAUUUUCUGAGGUUGGUCAGUCACGUCAAAAUCCUUCUUCAGUUAGGAAGAUAA